GCGGCCAGGCCACCGGCCAGCCUCUCUGCUCUCUGCCCCCCCUCUCUUCUCUUUCCUUUCUUUAAACUACAUUUUCCUUUAGACGGUUCCGUUAACACCCGGUUCCCCGUUAACCUCCCCCCGGGCAGCAGCGGGGGAAGCGUCCACCGGGACAGACAGCCGCCGGAUUACCGAGCUUUUGCCGUGAUUCACCGGCCUGCCCGCAGCGGGCCGCAACUUUGUUUCAUUUUGUAACUUUUUUUCUCCGCUGGUUACAUUUACCGGACGGUGACGUCACCCCCCUGAAAAGUUGUGGAGCAGCCGCCGCCGCCGUUACACCGGAGGAAACCGCCGUUAGUGCGUGUUUUAACUUUUCCUUAACGUGUGUGUGUGUGUGUGUGUGUGUGUGUGUGUGUGAGAGAGAGAGAGACAGCAGCGCCCCCACCCAACUCUGUGUCCCGGUACCGACAGGCCCCUCACCGGAGCACCGGCCUCUCUGCCCGGUGGUUGUUUGUCUGUGUGUUAGUUCUGAUGGGCAGCGUGUGAACGGACCAGCGCGUGGACUCCACGAGACUCACGGGUUUCCUCCAGUCAGGUAAAGGCCGGGUGGGCGGAGCUUAGCGAUGGCGGGCGCGUCGGUGAAGGUGGCGGUGAGAGUUCGUCCGUUCAACUCCAGAGAGACGGGACGCAACGCCAAGUGUGUCAUCCAGAUGCAGGGAAACACAACCUGUAUCUCCAACCCCAAACAGCCCAAAGAUGGAGCCAAGAACUUCACAUUCGAUUAUUCCUACUGGUCACACACAACGCCUGAGGACCCCAGCUUUGCGUGUCAGAGGCAGGUGUAUAAGGACAUUGGAGAGGAGAUGCUGCUUCAUGCGUUUGAAGGAUACAACGUGUGCAUCUUUGCGUACGGUCAGACGGGGGCAGGAAAGAGCUACACCAUGAUGGGCAAACAGGAGCCUGGACAGGAAGGGAUCAUUCCUCAGCUGUGUGAGGACUUGUUUCAGAGAACAGGACAAAACGAUGAUCCUGAUCUCAACUACUCCGUGGAGGUGUCCUACAUGGAGAUCUACUGCGAGCGGGUUCGGGAUCUGUUGAACCCGAGCGCACACGGGACUCUGCGGGUUCGGGAGCAUCCCAUCCUGGGGCCAUAUGUGGAGGACCUGUCCAAACUGGCUGUGACCGGAUUCUCCGACAUCCGGGACCUGAUGGACGCCGGCAACAAAGCUCGGACGGUCGCUGCCACAAACAUGAAUGAAACGUCAUCCAGGUCUCACGCAGUCUUCACCAUCGUCUUCACCCAGAAACGACGAGACCAGAUGACCAGUCUGGACACUGAGAAGGUCAGUAAGAUCAGUCUGGUGGACCUGGCAGGAAGCGAGCGAGCAGACUCCUCCGGGGCGAAAGGCACUCGGCUUAAGGAAGGAGCCAACAUCAACAAAUCUCUGACCACGCUGGGGAAAGUUAUAUCAGCUCUGGCAGAGAUGCAGAGCAGUAAGAAGAGGAAAAGUGAUUUUAUUCCUUACAGAGACUCAGUUCUGACGUGGCUACUGAAGGAGAACCUGGGAGGAAACUCCAGAACAGCCAUGAUUGCUGCUCUCAGUCCUGCUGACAUCAACUAUGAAGAAACACUGAGCACUCUAAGAUAUGCUGACCGUGCCAAACAGAUCCGUUGUAACGCUGUGAUCAAUGAAGAUCCAAACGCCAAACUCAUCAGAGAGCUGAAGGGAGAAGUGGAACGACUGAGAAACCUGCUCUUCUCACAAGGCCUGCAGGAGCUGCUGGACAACGCUGUCAACGCCAACGGGACCAACGGGACCAACGAGACCGUCGGUGCUGUCGCAGGUGUGUCGUCUCCGCUGGCCAUCACAGCCAAUGGCGUCUCAUCUGAGAACGGCUCCGCCUCUCCAGGUGAUCAUCAAGGAGCUGAUCUGGCGUCUGCAGACGACACAUCAGCUGACUCUAAUCUCACGUUGGAGGAUGGAGAGGAAGGAGAGGAGGGCGUCGCCACGGAGCCCAUCAGUAAAGAAGAAGCAGCCGAGAGACUGAUGGAGACGGAAAAGAUCAUCGCUGAACUCAACGAGACCUGGGAAGAAAAACUAAGAAAGACAGAAUCUAUUCGUCUGGAGAGAGAGGCCCUGCUGGCAGAGAUGGGCGUGUCCAUUAAAGAAGAUGGAGGAACGCUGGGUGUCUUUUCUCCCAAAGGAACGCCUCACCUGGUCAACCUGAAUGAGGACCCUCUGAUGUCAGAGUGUCUCCUCUAUUACAUCAAGGAGGGAUUCACCAGGGUUGGACAGCAGGAUGUGGACAUUAAGCUGUCUGGUCACUUCAUAAAAGAGAUUCACUGUGUGUUUGUCAGUGAGACCAACGACCAGGGAGAGGUGAUCGUCACUCUGGAGCCGUUGGUCGGAGCUGAAACGUACGUCAACGGGAAACAGAUCGAUGAGGCGGUCAUCCUGAGACAAGGUCACCGUAUCGUGAUGGGAAAGAACCACGUAUUCAGGUUCAACCACCCGGAGCAGGCUCGGCUGGAGAGGGAGCGCAGCGUGACAGCAGAACAGCUGGGGGAGCCAGAGGACUGGAACUACGCUCAGAGAGAGCUGCUGGAGAAACAAGGCAUCGACAUCAAACUGGAGAUGGAGAAAAGACUGCAGGACAUGGAGAUUCAGUACCGUAAAGAGAAGGAGGAGGCAGAUCUGCUGCUGGAGCAACACAGACUGUAUGCAGACAGUGACAGCGGCGAUGAUUCAGAUAAACGUUCCUGUGAGGAGAGCUGGAGGCUGAUCUCAUCUCUGAGAGAGAAACUACCUGCCAACAAGGUGCAGUCUAUAGUGAAGCGCUGUGGUCUGCCCAGCAGUGGGAAGAGGAGGGAGCCUCUGAGAGUCUAUCAGAUCCCUCAGAGGAGGAGGAUCAGCAAAGAUCCUAAACGGGUCACCAUGGAGGAUCUCCGCAUGCAGGCGGUCAAAGAGAUCUGCUACGAGGUCGCUCUGGGAGACUUCCGUCACUCCCGUCAGGAGAUUGAAGCGCUGUCCAUCGUCAAGAUGAAGGAACUCUGCCGCAUGUACGCCAAGAAAGAUGUGAACGAGAAGGACAGCUGGAAGGCUGUGGCCCAGGACGUCUGCGACACCGUGGGCAUCGGAGAGGAGAGGAGCCCCCCUGCUGAGGAGGGGGGAGGAGAGACGGUAGAGGGAGGGGCACCGAAAGCAAAGGUGUAUGACCUGAAGGCUCACAUCGACAAGCUGACGGAUAUUUUGGAGGAGGUGAAGCUGCAGAAUAACAUGAAGGACGAAGAGAUCAAAGCUCUGCGUGACAGAAUGAUCAAGAUGGAGAGCAUCAUACCUGUUCAGGACGAUGACAUGAACGGUGGUGACGGAGGGGACGGGACUCAGAAUGACGAGGACGGAGCCGGUGACGGCAGUGUCCCCAAAGUACCGGAGGUCAGAGUUCAGCGGCUGAUGGAUGAAGACCCGGCGUUCAGGAGAGGACGCCUCCGCUGGCUGAAACAGGAACAGCAACGAAUCCUGAACCUGCAGCAGCAGAACAUCACCAAGAAGCUCCGAGGACUGAACCAGAACCAGAACCAGGGUCAGACGGCCCCCACUGUUCCUGUUCAUCUUCCUGGGACCGGCCGCUUCAUCCCUCCCCAGGAGUGCAAGCUCAAGUUCCCCUUCAAGAGUAACCCUGCCCACCGGUUGUCAUGGGGACCAGCCACUGCUGCCCUGCAGGCGCUGGGUCUGGUAGGAGGGGAGGGGGGAGAGUGGAAGGAGGAGGGGGGAGACAGAGGUGUGGAGGGUAAAAGCUCUCCUUCACCACCACCUCCUCCUCUUCAGGGUCAUCCUCCUGCUCUCUUGCCCCUCCCCUUCCAGGUUCCGCCCCCUCGUAUGCGCACCCCCAGCCCUCAUCGCGCCUGGCAACAGCGUAACCAGGGCAACCAGGGAGGCUACCACUACCAGCACCAGGGCGGCAACCAAAACCAACAGCGGCGCUACCGCCGCAACUCUCUGGACAGUUCCCCCCACAACAACAGUAACUACGACAACGAUCAGCAACAUGGAGGUGGUCACCAGGGGCGACCGAGACAGAGGAGGAGGAUGUCGCCCGGGCCAGGGGAGGAGAGAGGAGGAGGCGGAGGAGGAAGAGUAGGUGGUGGUGGUGGAGGAGGGAGGGACAGAGAGAGAGACAGAGAUGGAAGCUUCCACUAUAAUCAACGUCAGCCCCAUCAGUAUCACCACCACCAUCCCUACUACAACCCCCACAAUGCACCAUUCCAGCCAGGACCUUACCCCAACUACCACAGCCUGCCACGCUCUGGGGCCCCGCCCCCUCCCGCUGACAUGAUGAUGGGUGUGGGGCCGCCGCAGGGUGGGUGGGGCUUCACCACUCCGCCACGGAUGAGACGGCAGUUCAGUGCGCCAGACCUCAAAAACAACAACAAGGAAACGCCCAUCUGACUUUUCACCUCUGAAACCCUGGACUGUGACCUCGGGCCUCAGUCACAUGGAGAGUUCUGAUUGGCUGGAGGACACAGGGCAGUCCCAGAUGCUGUAGAGAAUAGGCUGUGUGUGUGUGUGUGUGUGUGUUUCAGCACUUUUGCUUCAUGCACAACCAGAAGAGUCACACACACCUGUAUCCCCAGUCCUGCUGUGUGUGUGUGUUUGUGUGUCGGCUUGCUCAUAGCCUUUUACGUUAGCUUGAAUUAGCUGUUGUGUAACCAUAGCAACACUGUUUUAGGAAACUGUCAAAUAGGAUGGAAGAUUGAUUUUAUUGAUCUGGUUCUGAUUAGGCGUUAGCUCCUGAGGCUAGCCGCCGUUAGCAGAAUGAAUUGUUGUGAUUUUGUUUUUUUUAUUCAAAGGUGAAGUACGCGGGUUUGAUGGGUGUUUGUAUGUAAAUGGAUUUUUAGCUGCUGUUAGCCCAGGAAGCUAACUAGCCUGCUUCAGCAUAAGAGGUCUGUGUUAGCUCGGGCUAGUUAGCUCAGCAGUGCUACAGAACAGGUGAAGUAUUAGUCUAGCUUAGCAUAGCCUAAUGAAGGCAGCAUUCACGCUGUAUGGGAGAGACAGUUCGUACGACUUAAUUAUUCUGAUUGUUUCAUCAUUAAAGACCAACGACAUACAGAUCUGCUCUGUGAAAUUAGUUUUAAUAAAAAAAAAAAAAAAGUAUCCCUCAAAAUGUAUAUUUAUUUUAAUGUUGAGGCUGUUA